AUGGCUGAUUUAGUUUACUUCAAUAUCGACGACGGUCUAGGAGAGGGUCUCGUAAGAGGUCUUCGUUCGGGCUUCCUCACAGCAGAUGAUUACCGUCGUAUUGCCAAUGGAGAAAACUUGGAAGAUCUCCGAACAGCUUUGGAAGAUACAGACUAUGGCACUUUCCUCCAGGAUGAGCCCAGUCCUCUUCAGGCUUCUACUAUCUUGCGGAAGUGCCAUGAGCGUCUCGCUGAGGAGUUCGAUUAUGUCAGAGCUCAAUCAGUCGGCGAGAUGGCUAAGUUCAUGGAUUAUGUCCGUCAAGAGGCUAUGAUUGACAACGUGGUAAUGCUCAUUCAGGGUACCAUCAACAACAAGAAUCCUAAGGAUCUUCUUGCACGAUGUGAUCCUCUUGGCUACUUCGAGGAGAUGAAGACCAUUCCUGGCAUGGACUUUACUCAUGGUUAUGAAGACCUCUACCGUACCAUUCUCAUCGACACUCCUCUUGGACCUUAUUUUGAAGAGUUCCUCAAUUCCAAGCAAGUUCAUACUCACACUGAGGGCCAGGGGUCUGGUGCCCAGAGUGGCCCUAGUGGAGCUACAGCUGUUGUACAGCAUGGGGAGGUUCAUAACGUCCUCACUGAAACCGAUCUGGAGAUUCUCAGGAAUUUCCUUAAGAAGUGUUGGAUGGAAAGCUUCUACCGUUUCUGCAUGGACGGAAGUGAGAACAGCAACACUGCUGAGGUCAUGGGCCACAUCCUAAGAACUGAGGCUGAUUACAGGGUCUUGAUGGUCACUCUCAACGCCCUCAACUCGCCUCUUGGAACUGCUCAGAACUUGGAUGAGCGUAAUGCUCUCUAUCCCAACUUCGGCUACUUGUAUCCCGAGGGAACUGAUAAGCUCAUGAAGGCGACUUCGGAUACUGCCGUCCGCGCUGCGUUGGAACCUUACCUAAAGUAUGCCCAGCUGUACGACCAAUGCAAGCAGUUCUAUGAGCACGACUCGAACGUUGACAAGACUACUCAGGGUCGCUACAAGUCUAUUGAGGAUCUCUUAUACGUUGAGUCCGUGCGUAUGUUCGAGAACUCCUUUGAGCAGCAGUACCACUACGGUAUUAUCUAUGCUUGGGUUAAGCUGCGUAUCCAGGAAAUGAAGAACAUUGAGUGGAUGGCCAACAUGAUUGUCCUUAAAAAGAAGGAGCACGUUGAGGAGAUUGUUCCAAUCUUCGCUCCUCGUGUGUAA